UGAUCCCGUAAAUUUAGAAGGUAGUGUUUUGAAGUUGAAGGUAUGUACGCUUUGAAAUAAAAGGCCAGAUAGUUAUUGUUAUGUACUAGAACACAUCCCGAUAGUCCUUAGGCGUAUUUUUCAAUAUGAAUUGGGCAUACCUUAAACGACGGCGUUUAAGUUUGUUUAGAAGAUUCACCUGCCUCGGUUCGAUGACCGAAAAAAAAAACGUAUUUAAUUAAAGUAUAAUAAGAAAAACAGAUAAAAUACAAUAUCAUAUUUAUAGUUCUUUUAAGAUGUCUGAAGAGCCGACAACUAGCCAAAAGCUCACCCAAUUUGUUUUCUCCCUUGAGGAGGAUGAUCUUGUGAUAGAAACCCGGCCACCCCCGACAAUUAAGGACCAAUUGACCGAGAUCUGCCAAAAAAUUCGUUUUUUGGAGACGGUGUUGGAGGCCAACACGAAGAAGCUGGCGAAGACGGCCGAGAUCAGCCAAAAAGUUCGGUCAUUGGAGACGGUAAUGGAGGCCAACACGAAGCAGCUGGCGGAGACCACAAACCAGGUUGCGAGGAUGAUGGCCUUGUUGGAGAUUUUCGUGAAGGGGAAGGCGAAGAAUGUGGCUGUGGAAGUGGCGUUCCCAGACACAUCGGAGGAAGACCUGGUGGCUUUAGAUCAGAACAUAAGCUCAGGGUCUCAAGAACGCUACGUAAGUAAAGUAUAUAUGGUCUAAGUGAUCGUAAAAUUCAUUCUGUGUUUUUAUUUUUUUCUUUCAGAUGGAAGCAAUAACAAAAAUUUUAAAGAGCAACCAUUUGUCCAAGACAAUAAAUGGCGUUUUGUCAGAAACGCUCUUGUGCGCCUACAACAUAGACGGCCUAAACGGGAAAAAGUCUUUAAAAGCAUUUCCCAAAUUCUUUUCCGUUCUGAUUGGUAUGUAUAUUUGUUAUUUUGCUAUAAUCUAAUAAUAUUAUUAUUAAAUUACUUUUCGUUACAGAAAGCAUAAGCACAUUAGAAGGCCUUGGCCCACGCACUGGCAUGUGUAAAAAAUAGUGCUAACAAAAAAGAAAAAAAUUAG